AUGGUGGAGCCCAAGCCCUACGCUUCUCUGCGGCUGCUGCUCGCCGAGCUGCGCGCUCAGCGCGACGCCGGCGGAGAGGCCGGCGGCCGCCUUCUGCCGGAGGAGGCGCUGGGGGAGCCCGUGGCGGAGAGGGCGGAGGAGCUCGCCUGCGCGCUCGCCGCGCGCACGGACGCCACCCUGCGGUGGCCGGCCUCGGCGAUCCUCGCGGCCGCCCUGCGCGCGGCCCUCGACGAGCGCCUCGGCGGCCGCACCCGGCCGGAACCUCCUCGAGGAGCUCAGGAAGGCCACGGCCGAGAUAAGAGCUGA